AUGUUCAACGCCCUCAACCGGUUCAUCUCGCGCCUCGACGGCGAGCCGCUGCCGGCGGCAUCCCGCGACAACCACGGCGCCUUCGGCUUCCAGGUGCUGCGCAACACCAACCCCGACCUGGCCGUCGAGCCGUGGUUCGACUUUGUCGUUGGCAUCAAUGGGCGCAUGAUUGACGACUCCGACCCCGGCUUGUUCGCCCAGGAAGUGCGCAACUGCGCCGGCAGCUCUGUGAUGCUCGGUCUCUGGAGCGCAAAGGGCCAACGCACCCGCGCCCUGCACAUCCCCGUCCCCCCCACAACCGCCUCCCUCUCCCUAACCCUCCAAUGGACCCCCAUCUCCGUCGUCUCCAACAUCUGGCACGUCCUCGACGUCCCCGCGCACUCCCCCGCCGACGCCGCCGGCCUGCUCCCCUACAGCGACUACAUCCUCGGCACACCCGAGGGCGUCCUGCACGGCGAGGGCGGGCUGAGUGAACUGGUGGAGGACCAUAUCGGCCGGCCAUUACGGUUGUAUGUGUAUAAUAAUGAGUAUGAUGUCACGAGGGAGGUGACGAUUCAGCCGAGUAGGGAUUGGGGUGGAGAGGGCGCUCUGGGGUGUGUGUUGGGUUAUGGAGCGUUGCAUAGGUUGCCGGCGGCGUUGAGUGAGCCGGUAAAUGCGCCGGGGGAGACGAUGUUUGAUGGGGAUUCUGAUUGGACUGGAGCGGGGGCGGCCGGGUUUGGGUCGGUGGGAGGGGGUCAGGGGAGAACUGGAUCACCUGCAACUUUUGGCCCAGGGGUAACUGGUACAGGGACACCACCGCCCGCAGGUGUACCACAACCACCACCACCACCCAGCUCAUCAGCAGACUUCCUCGUACCCGCGCAGAUGGUCGAUGUACAAACCACCCCCGGGGGCGCACCGCCCAGGAGCAAAAGGAAGGAACGCGGCCACCACGGCGGGCCGAAUCUCAUGGACGAUUACUUCAAGGAGCAGGAGAAGAAGAGCAGGGAGCUAGACAACGUGCCGAGUCGGGGGGCUUCGCCGUUACCGCCGCCGCCUAAGGGGGGACCACCGAGGGGGGGGCCGCCUAGGGCUGGGACACCGAAGCAGGAGGCGUGA